CGUGUUGUCGAGAAAUUAAAGGGGACGCCAGACUUGGCCCCUGAGCCGACUAUUAUUGUACGCGUAACUUUUAGGGAAGUUACUCAAUCGGGGAAAACACGUUUUAAAUGUGGAUUUUCAUAAACAAGUUAGACAACGAGCACUCCACGACUCUUUUUCAGAAUGAAUACCACGAUGACAUCGUCCACGUUAAUCCGAAACCUGAACUACAGCAUCCGCCGCUCUCUUUCCGACUUUUUGGAUCCUCAAGACAGCUGGAAAGAGAUCCUUGUAUCCAUACUCAAACCCACAGGCGAACCUAGAUACUCACAGCAUCAUGUAAGGAGAUUUGAAGCAUUUAUUGCACAGGGGAAAAGUCCAACGAUGGAGCUACUGAACGACUGGGGCACAACCAACAGCACAGUUGGAGACCUUGUGGACAUUUUACUUAGCCACAAGUUACUGGCUCCAGCCAGUAUUCUGUUGCCGGACAGAGUACAAGCGCAGCGUUCAGCAUCUGCUGUUCAGCCAGCCAUCUCUGCCAGUGCUACAGAGAGGAUCAACAACACUCCAACUAUAGCCAUGGGAGAGAGUACACAGGUGUCUUCCACCAGAAACACACCUGUGCAGGUUCAGGACUCUGGCUUUUUAAGGUUCUCAUUCCAUGAGCUGGAAAGGAUAACUGAGAAGUUUGAUAACCGGACAAUGUCAGAAGGUGGUAGAAGGCUUGGUGAAGGAGGCUUCGGGACUGUGUACCAAGGGAUCAUUGAUGAGAAACCUGUGGCAGUUAAGAAACUCCAUUCAAUGGAGGACAUCUCAAUGGAAGAAUUGAGAGUUCAGUUCAAUCAGGAGGUCCAAACUCUGAUGACGUUGACGCAUGAGAACUUGGUGGACAUGGUUGGGUAUUCCUGUGAUGAUCACUGCCCUUGUUUAGUGUACGCUUACAUGUCCAACGGCUCGUUGCUGGACCGACUGGCUUGCUUGGACGGGACCCCCUCUCUCUCCUGGCACAGGAGGUGUCUGAUAGCUGUAGGAACAGCCAGGGGUUUGGAUUACCUGCACAGAAACCACCAUGUUCACAGGGAUGUCAAAAGUGGAAAUAUUUUGUUGGAUGAUAAACUGGUGGCGAAGAUCUCCGACUUUGGGCUGACACGGGCUUCGACCACGCGGUCAUCAUCCACGAUGCUGACAGAGAGGAUUGUGGGUACUACAGCGUACAUGGCACCAGAGGCCCUCAGGGGUGAGAUCACCCCCAAAUCAGAUGUCUUCAGCUUUGGAGUGGUGCUUUUAGAAAUACUGUCUGGACUCCCGCCAGUCGAUGAAAACCGCGACCCGCAGUUUCUAAUGGAGAUGAUGGCAGAGAUACAGGAGGAAGAGAGCACUCUGGAGGACUUUGUAGACAAGAAGAUGGGCGAUGCGGAGAUGCCACAGGUGGAGUGGACCUUCGCCCUCGCCGGCAACUGUCUCAGCGACAGGAAGAACAAACGGCCGGUGAUCCAACAGGUUAUGGAAGAACUUGAAGAUCUCAUCAAAAGGCCUUUCCCUCGAGGAGCAGGAGAGUGAGGCUUAGCAGAAACAGCACAGCAGGGGAGGAGUUUCCCUGGUGUAGUCCCACCUGCAAUUUGCUGCGAUUCUUCACGUGUUGUUAAGCUGAAUGCUUUUAACAUGGCAAUUGUGCUUAUGAACUGUGACCAAUAAUAUAGCGAAGAAAAAUGUAUCGAGUAUAUAUUUAAACUUAAACGUGAUUGCUUGCAAUAGAGUAAUAUUGAAUAACUAGUGUGAAGGUGAUCACUAAAGCGAGUCAAGUUAUGAUUUAAAUAUUUUAUUUACCUUUUAAAAAAAUCAAACAUUUGAAUUAAGAAAAAAAAUUAAGACCAAACAUGACAGUUUUCACUACUAUAACCAUGACGUCAUAGAGAGCGUAAAGGGAAUUCCCUUGUCAAUGAGGUGAGCGUUUUAACAAGAGUGGUUCAUCUAAUGUUCAUCAGUAGACAUGUGACCUUUGUGGCAAAGAAGUCAACAUAGGAGCUGUCAUCCCUAUUCUGUGACUUCCACAUCACUGAAGCUGGAUGGCACUGCAGUGCCUCAGUAACUGGAGAUUGCUGCUGGAAACUGCUGGAAGCUCCUGUUCUCCAAGUCAUAUGACCCCAACGGACAACAUAGACGGAUAAGUACAGACAGACGAGACCUUUAAUUACAGAGCACCACAGACAUACAGCACUUGCAUAGAAAAAUAAGUUGUUUCUCAGCAGAUGUGUUUUAUGUAAACCACAGUUUCAUAACAAAAAAAAAAGUCACUUAUUUCCUAUAUAUAUA